AUGAAUCUUUUUAGGUUGCGUACUACUAUUGAUGCUCAUCUUCUUCGAUAUCUAUCUCGUCUACGUAUAAAUUGUAUGAAUAACAUAAGUUUUCAUCGAAUUAUUGCACUUUUAUCAUCUGUGUUCGGCCAACUUUGUCGUUUGUCAUUAAAAUCAGAAGCAUUUACAUCAAUUUCUGAUCCGUUGAUGAUAUCAGGUGACAUUAUUCAACAAUUGUGUAUCGAUCGUCUCCGACCAACGGCAACUUGUAUUCUUAAUCUAUUAUUAUACAUUACGGGUGACUUUGAAGAAAAAAUAAUUUUCAAUUCAUUUUUUAAAGUUCCAUUUAUUCAUCGGCAGCGACCGAGGGUGUUCAUUCAAGAAUUUGAUGAUCAAGAUGCCGGUUCAACAUAUCAUUGUUUUAGAGUGUAUACUUUACCAUACAAUAACGCAAUUCUUUCAUCAUACAUAUUCUCUACAAAUCUUGAAAAGUGCUGUCAAAUGCCGAUUAAUCCAGUAGAUUUAUUUCCACGCGCUGAUACAUUAUCUCUGCGUGGUUAUAAGAAGAUCAGUUGUGUUCGAGAUCUCGGUAAUUGUAGAAGUUCUAUAUCAUCAUUAGUUCCGUGGCCAUCUAUAACAAAUAUUUCAAUCAAUCAUAGUAAUGUUCUUACUGCGGCCACGUUGGAAUCAAUAUUAAGGAUGGCUUAUAAUGUACACACACUAGAUUUGUUUGAUGAUAGAGGAAUGUUACUGCGACCAAUAUUAAAUAAUCAUAAUCUCGCAACUCUUAUCAAUCAACAAAUAAAAUCAUUUGAGAUCUUCGAUAUAACAUUGACAUUGCAAAAUGCUCAACGAAUUUGCACAUUGUUGUCGAAUCGAUUACCUAACUUGAAGAAACUUUCAUUUUCUAUUUGUGAUGCAUAUGCUCGAUGGCGGUGGACACCAUCUAGUAUUGUUGAUGGGAAAAACAAAUCUACAAAACGUAUUGUUACUCUUAUUUAUCUACUUGUUGAUCAAUUACAAAAAAACUCGUUGUGCUACGUAUCAGCUUCUCCAAUUCGAAAUACUCUGAUACACCUCGUUUUCCACAUUUAA